AUGCUCCUGCAUAUUCCUGCACUCGUCCCUGAUGUCGGCCUAGCUAUCAGUCUGGUGGUAGUUUUGACUACAUUCAUCGUGGUCCAUCGUCUCUGGUUCUCGAGCUAUGCCCAUAUUCCAGGGCCCAGGCUCUGCAAAAUCACCAGCUUGUGGAUGGUCUACUUUGACGUGAGGCUGCAGAGAACGGCCAAAGUGCGCAAGUGGCAUGAGAAAUACGGUCCAAUCGUCUUGAUUGCGCCCGGCGAAGUUUCCUUUUCCGAACCAUCCACCAAGCGCGAAAUCUACGGGCCUACCAGCCGCCACCCAAAGAGCUCAUGGUUCAACGCCUUUGUCGCCUACGGGGAGCGGUCGACUUUUUGCAGCAUCGGUUACGAAGAGCACCGAGAGAGGAGAAAUCACAGCUUUGCCUUUUUCCAAGCAGCUUCAAUCCACUCACCCCACGUUGUUGGACCUAUACGUGAGCGCACUGUUACCCUGCUGGAUCAGAUCGGACAAGGCGUCGACGAGAACUCGGGUGCUGCCACAUUUGACCUGCUCCAGCUCAGCAACCGCUAUGCUUUUGACAACAUUACCAGACUGCUUUACGGUCCGGGCCACUGUACGCACACGGUCGAGAAGCCAUGCCAGGAAAGGGACAUGAUUGACGACCUCAAGUACUGUGAGGCGGCGCAGCCAUGGCUACUCAACUUCUCCCCAGCGUAUUACCUGUUCAAGUUUGUCGCUUACCUGAUUUACCGUAAUCCAAACUUUUUGAAUGGUGAGCACAGCAUCGGGGAUUGGAACAGCAGGCGGGCAGCGGAUAAGAUCAACGACCCCAGCCCCGAAGACAGCCAGUACACUCUGCUGGGCAAGUUGCAGGCGUGCAAGACCAAGCGGGGAGAGCCGCUGUCGGCGGACUGGAUCAAUGCCGAGCUGCUAGAUGAUCUAUACGCAGCGCAGAUGACGGUCACGGUGACGCUGACGUAUAUUUGUUGGAAUCUUGCGCGAAACCCGCAGUGGCAGGAGCGUAUUCGAAAUGAAAUAGCCUCGUUGCCGGUGCAGGAGGACGGGUUCCCGUCGCUGGACGAUAUCAACAAGGCUCCCAUCCUGCAGGCAUGCGUGAAAGAAUCCUACCGGCUCAACCCCAGCUCGAGCGGCAGAGCCGAGAGGAUCGCCCCCGUUGGCAAAGAGUACGACGGUGUCUUUAUUCCAAAAGGCACCACCGUGUCGACGUCGACCGUGGCCAUUCAGCGCACGCGAUCCGUAUUCCCCGAACCGGAUGUCUACAACCCGAACCGCUGGUUGGAAGCAGACGCGGAACAACUUCGCGUCAUGGAAACUUUUUACAUGCCCUUUGGAUAUGGAGCGCGUGUGUGCCUGGGUCGAAACUUCGCCAAUGUCGAGGUCAAAUUGGCCGUUGCGUUUUUGCUAUCGCGGUACCGAAUCUCGGAGGACCCUACUUCUGUGACGAAUGGUAGAAGCAUGGAGCAGCUAGGCGGAAUAGACUACGGUGGCAGGGGCACCGCGUAUAUGACGUGUGCGUGUGCGAGUGCGUGCUCGGGGGCCAAAUUAGAUCCAGACUCGGAUUAG